AUGUUCGGGAUGAGGUGGAUGAGAGCACGCAGACCACACACAUUCGUUGCCUUCCCCAACCCUGGGCGCCCCACUGUGCUCCGCCUCAGCGGCGAAGAGAAGCGCCUCCUCGCCAUCCCCGCAACAGAAAGAGAUGACAUGCGCAGUCCGGGUGCAGAAAAGAAAAUGCGCGCCUACGCAUCACCAGGCUGGAAGUCGCAGCGAUACUCGUACACUGAGGACGAAGACGACGAGUUCAACAGACCUGUCAUGUGA